AUGGAUCUACCUCCCGUCUUGCUUUCUCCUCAGUCCCAGACCUGCACCCACCUGGCAGAAACCUGCAUGGAACGCGAGAGAAGCCCACCCACAGCAGAGCUGGGCAGAGACUCCUUUCCCAGUGGUCAGCUGCCCAGCUCCAGUCUCGCUGAUGCCGACUGGUUUUGGGAUGAGCACAUCCAGGCAAAGAGGGCCAGAGUAGAGACGAUUGUCCGAGGCAUGUGUCUCUCUCCUAGCCCCGUGGUGCCAGGCAGUGCACGAGCCAGGGAGAGCUCAUGCUGUCCUGAAAAAGCCCGGGAGCGGAAGAGGAAGCAGAGCCUUCCCACGCACCAGGGUCCCCUGAAAUCAGGUCCUGCCUGGGAUCGCGGGCCCAAAAAGAGGGGAACCCGGGUGAAGGAACAGCUCCAUCUAUUGAAGCAACAGCUAAGACAUCUGCAGGAACAUGUCCUACAGGCCACUGAAUCCAGAGCACCAGCGCAGGGCCCGGGAGAUACUGAGCAGAGAAGCCCCCCAAGGGCAAAGCAGAGGAACAGCUUCCUGUCUAGCCCCUGGACAGUGGAGAUAAAACCCCACCAGAGUUCUAGCAAGGACGUCUAUGGAGCAGUAAAGCCCAGAACCGCUGAGGUUCAACAGCAGGCGGAGGAACCCAUGCUCCAUCCUUCUGGACCUCGGGCUUUAGUGGAGACUCUAAGGAAAGAACUAAACAGGGCCGUGUCCCAGGCUGUGGACUCAGUAUUACAACAGGUUCUACUGGACCCACCAGACCACCUGACCCGGCAGGAACAGAGCUGCCAGGGGCUAGCCUCAGAGGGCAGAAGCCAGCCUUCACCUCCAGGGAGAAGUGCCCAUAGGGAACCAUUAGCUCUUGCCACCCUGCCUAGGAGGGUCCAGCCGCAAGCGGGGGCUCCCUUGGGCAAUUCAUCACUGGCUACGCCUCUAGAUUCUCCUAUGUGUCCUGUCUCUCCAAGAGCAGUUCCCAAACCAUAUCAGAGCCCCCUAGCAAACUGUCCGCUGACAGCCGUGCCUUCCCACAUGUGGGAAAAUCAGAUUCUUAGCCAGCUUCUGGGUCGUGGGCCCGAUGGCCAUUGGAGUGGCAGCCCUCCCCAGGACGUUUCGUCCCAAAGUCGCCCCUCCCCAGAGUCCGCCCAGCAACCUUGGGUUUUGAGUCAGCAGCAGCCCGCCCUGUCUUUCACCUCUGUCCACCUGGAAAGCCGGCCUCUCCUACCCCCUGUGAAGAUGGAGCAGGGUGUGCUGCAGGGCAUGGCUGACAUGAUUUCUUUCUCUUCCAUCCACAUCCAGGAAGGCCUAAGCCCUGGUCACUUGAAGAAGGCCAAACUCAUGUUUUUCUUCACGCGGUACCCCAGUUCCAACCUCCUGAAAGCUUACUUCCCUGAUGUUCAGUUCAACCGCUGCAUCACCUCCCAGAUGAUCAAGUGGUUCAGCAACUUCCGAGAGUUUUAUUACAUCCAGAUGGAGAAGUAUGCGCGGCAAGCAAUUUCAGAUGGUGUCACAAACCCCAAAAUGCUGGCGGUUCUUCGUGACUCAGAGAUUUUUCGAGUUCUCAAUACACACUAUAACAAGGGGAAUGACUUUGAGGUCCCAGACUGCUUCUUGGAAAUUGCCACCUUGACAUUACAGGAGUUCUUCAAGGCUGUCUCCGCAGGGAAAGACACAGAUCCUUCCUGGAAGAAACCCAUUUACAAAAUUAUUUCAAAACUGGACAGUGACAUCCCAGAGAUACUCAAAUCUUCCAACUAUCCCCAGGAACUGUUUCGAAGUUAAGAGAAAAAAAAAUGAGGCCAAGUACAAUGUCCUGUAAUUUCAAUC